AGACACCAAACUAAACUGGAAACUUAACGUUGAGAAACGUAAAGAGAGGGCCUACAUCGCUUAUUAUACUUGUAAACGGAUCUUCAAUAGAAACUGGGGUUUAAAACCGAAACUUGUGAUGUGGAUGUACACCGCUAUCAUAAGGCCGAUCCUAACCUACGGCGCCCUAGUGUGGUGGCCUGCCUUAGACAAACAAUACAAUGUCAGCAAACUAAAUAGCUUACAAAGAGCGGCAUGCUCGGGGACAACUGGGGCACUGAAAUCCUGCCCUUCAGAAGCACUGAAUGUAAUCCUCAAUAUGAUGCCCAUUGAUCUAUGCCUAAAGGAAGCCGCGAUGUACUCAGCAUUAAGACUCAGAGAGUCGGGGCUGUGGGGAUCGAGAACCUUUGGGCAUAGCUCAAUCUUAGGCCUCACUUCGAUAGGAAAUAAAACCACGGACUAUAUGGUAUCAACCCUCGAUUUUGGCUUGAAUGUACAAGUGCGGUUUCCAUCCAGAAGGGAAUGGAAAAGGGGCCAAGCUGCCGAUAGGGAAGCCAUCUGUAUCUACACUGACGGGUCCAAGAUGGACUGCGGUGUAGGGACAGGGGUAUAUUCCGAGGAGCUUGGUGUCAAUAGGUCCCUCCGGCUGGAAAACCAUGCUAGCAUAUUUCAAGCUGAAGUUCUGGGCAUUUGUGAAGCCUGUAGAAUACUAAGGAAUAGCGCUACUAGGAAAGAAAGAGCGGUUAUUUACUCGGAUAGCCAGGCAGCACUCCUGGCUAUAUCAUCCACUGUAACCAAGUCCAAGCUAGUCAAGGAAUGCAAGAUGGAGUUACGCUCAGCGUCUCAGUCAAUGU